AUGCUUGCUCGACGAGCACAACUGUUUCGAACCCGAACCUCCACGGAGCCAGCCAACUUGGUGACCCCUGAGUUUCUCAGUGUCAAGAGUUUUCCUCCGUUGACCUGGGUUGUAGAGGACUUUGUGCAGGAAAUGCCCGAUUCUGUUGCUCAUGCAGCAGACCCAGCGACGGCAUGGCUGAGGUCUUACUUGUCCUGCGUAAAUGACUCUUCAGGUGAUGAGGUUCAUAUUCUUUCCAGGCUCUACAGCGAUGUGAAGGUGAAAACACUUUUUUUGCCUGCGACGACAAAAUCUGAUCUUCAGGAUUUGUCAAAGCUCGAGUGGCAGAAAUUGACGACAGAGUUCAAGCAAGAGCUGGGCGAUUUGAAAAAACAUAUCCUCGCAAGCCUCCACGCAAGGUCCUUUGAAGGUGAGCCAAUGACUGGCCGGACGCUAGAACGAUCGCUGCGAUUCAUCGUUCAGGGGCUUCAGCGAGGAAAGUUCCAUGAGUUGCCCUCCCUUUGGGUCACUUGGACCCAACAAGUCGCAGAGAUGUCUUUGCAGGACCGUUGGGAUGAACGAUGA